AUGAGCGAGUGUUCUGGGGCAGCUGUUUCCGGGGCUGUGAUCCUGGAGGAACCUGAGGCUUCAGGGACUUCAGGGGACCGCGGUGAGGGUCAGGCCCAGGAUCAGGGUCCCCUUCGCUGUGCGGUUUGGCCUCGCCAGCAGACAUGGCUGUGUGUGGUCCCCUUACUCAUUGGUUUCAUUGGCCUUGGAUUGAGCCUGAUGCUGCUGAAAUGGAUUGUUGUUGGUACAGUACGGGAUUACGUGCCAACAGACCUGGUGGAUGCCAAUCGAAUAGGUCAGGAUCCCAUCUUCCUCUCCAAACCAAGCGGGAUUCCCAAAGGUCCUGAUACUACAACCACCACAACGACGCCUACAGUUGAUGGCGGGAACCCCACGUCUAGAACCGUAACUGUUGCGAAGGGUAGAACUCGUUCCACUGCUACAACCACUACUAUAAACCCUAGAGGUGGUGGAGCAUCGGGCAGCCAAGUGACCCCUCGGAAUCCUGUAAAUCGUAAUGGACGUGUACCUUCGGGUUUUACUACGACCACUGCAGCGCUACGGACGACCUUCAUAAUUGGAGGUGCAACAUCUAGCCCCUCACCGUCCAAUCCAACUGUACUCCAUGACUCUACGCAGAUGUGGACCCCGGAGCAUAGUACUACUGAGGCGGUCUCCACCACGCUCGCCACGCGUACACACAGCCACCGCAAAACACCUGCAUCUCCAACUGUCCCUCCACUGCACUCAGAGCACUUCAAACCCUGUCAUGAGAAGGAUUUGGCCUACUGCCUAAACGGUGGCGAAUGCUUUGUCAUAGAGACGCUUAGUGGGCCUCACAAGCACUGCAAGUGUCGAGAAGGUUACCAGGGAAUCCGCUGUGACCAGUUUCUGCCCAAGACAGACUCCAUCCUGUCUGACCCAACUGAUCACUUGGGCAUCGAGUUUAUGGAGAGCAAAGAGGUGUACAAGAGACAGGUCCUGUCAAUCACAUCCAUCGCCAUGGCAAUCAGCCUUCUGGGAACCCUGUGUAUGGCCCUCUACUGCCGCAACAAGAGGCGCAGAGAGAAGCUCCAGGCCCACCUGAAGGAGAGUCGUAGUUUGAAAAACUACACUGCUAAUUCCCAUAAUGCCCUGGAUGACAAGAUGAGGGCGCCUAACACCAACCUGCAAAUGCACGAGUACUGCAAACGGUCCUCCCAGUCUCGCCAGGGAAAUGUCUGUGAGUCCAGCUUUGCACCCUGCAAUAUCUCCACUAUGCCAUCCAGCAGCUCUAAAGGCACAGCAAAACAUCACAGAAGUGGUUCCUUGUCUCACAGCCCAGAUCAGAGAUCGCGGCCAGCCCAUUGGUCAGCCCCACGCAGGACCCCACCCAUACCCAGGGGAAGGCUAAAUCCAAUUGGAGGAUCCAAGUAUUCAGGACCCGCCUACCAACACCUUCAGGAAGUGGACUCAUCUGAAAAGGAGGCUGAAGCACAAAGAGGUUGCCAAAUGAAAGGAGCCAACCAAUGUGACGACCCCAGACAAGACACCUUCCUUAUGGGAACUCCUGUUUCCAGGCCAUUGCCUUGGAGCAGCCGCAUGGAGGAGCAUUCAGGCCUUUGUCCUGACCACAACGAUCUGAAUCCCAGCACCCGCAGCCUGCGCAGGCCCGGACGCCGUCCCAGCCACUCCCUCUCUCCUCCAUUUCGCUCCUGCUCUAUCCCCAUCAUCCCCUCCGUCCAGUGUCACCAUGACAAUGAGGUGUCUUGUAUGCAAACCAGUGUCACCCCAGCAACCGCAACGAUGUCAGUCACCUGCGGAGCCAUGUCCUGCAAGGAAGAGAGGAGAGAGAAGGUAGCACACGCCACGUUGUCUGCUUCUUUCUGCUCAUCUGCCAUUGGACAGCAGCAGGAUGAGGUGGCGCUGCUGCUGGAGGAGGCGCAGGAGCAGCUCAGGGCCUUGGCUCACAGGAAGCAGGAAGAGGGUGGGCUCAGCAGCAGCGGCUCGACGGCUGCGAUGAUGGAGGCCAGAGAAACUGUUUGCUUCCUGAACCUUAAUGGAGGAAGUGUUGGGGCACUGAGCUGUAACGGACCCACUCAGACCCAGUUACUUAGCCCCAGCCUAUCACACAGAGACCUGGGCCAAAUCAGCCAAUGAAAGGACACGAUUUAGGACAUUCAAUUUCGGUUUGACAGUGUUUGACAAACUCUGGUGUUCUGCAUCUGUGGGACACAAAUGGAAAUGCUGAAUUAAAAAAAAAUUGUAACAUCAUGGAAAUUCUGAAAAUGUGCUGACGAUAUGCAUACUAUGUGGAUACAAACAUACAAACACUUCUUGAGUGGCCGCCUUUACACCGACUGACAGUAUGGAAAAGGAGAAAAAAAUAUUUACAUGCAUUUAUUUACAAAACAAGAGAAACACUUCUACUUAGGCAAAAAGAAACCAAAUAGUCUGUCAAAUCCAUGGUGUUUUUAAUUGUAAAAAGAAUAUAUAAAUAUAUAUAUAUAAAUAUAUAUGGAUAUAAAUAUAUGGAAUUCAAGAAGUGACCAAGUACAAAGUUGGAGAACACAGGAAUGAUGUAACUAUUUUUCUUUUUUUUUCCUUCUCCCUGUUUAGUAUUAACUCACAUUUUGGUUCUUGCUCAGUUCUAGUGAACUUCAUUCACGUCCCGAUGCACGUCCACGAGUCCACGUUCUGUGAGAGUCUGCACAGAAUCCAAAAUGGCUAACGAGGAGGGAGCCUCCACAUCAACCCCCCCCCCCCUUUUGAAAACCUGUCUAGCCAGCCAAGAAUUACAGUACAGCCCUGACCAACAACACUUUGAGGAUUUACGACACAAAACUAAAACUGCUGUGUGUGUGUGUGUGUGUGUGUGUGUGUGUGUGUGUGUGUGUGUGUGUGUGUGUGUGUGCGCUCCUCAAGUGCAGAGAGGGAGAAGAAGAAUAAACAGGAAAAGACUUCUUCUGCAGGUGGUCGGAUUUGGGAGGGCAGAUUGUUGAAGACAACCCAGAUGCUGACUCCCCUUUGGCCAGUGUUUCAAACCAAUUCUAGAUUAUUAUUGUUUUUGUUACAAAUUAUAUUUUCACACACAUAUGCACACACAGUCACCUGUGCAUUAUUUUUCCGUUUAUUGGAUUUAUCGGAUGAAUGGACAGAAGGACAAAAGAAGGACGGUUGGGUAAGGGGCACCACAGGAGCUAAUCUGACAUUUUUUAGUUGAUUUGGUAUUGCGUUUUUGGUUAUUAAUGAACAAUGCUGCUUUCUGGGGCUGACGGGAGGGAGAACCACAGGGUUUGGGUACUGAAUCAAAAAAUAAAUGUCUCUAUGUUGUAUCCUAUGAAUUGGAAGCUUUUGAAUCUCUGUAUGAAGUUACACCCAAAUGUUUCUGGUGACAAAAAGUAAAAAAUGGUUGCAAUUCUGGUAAAGAGUUUUUCAAAAUAA